CAAGCCGUCAGCCAGCCGGGGUCAGUUUUCCAGGGAGGGUGUGUAUGACAGCGGAUUUGCAGCCUUUUUCGGCCUCUUGUGCAGCGCCCGCCGCCGAAAUGCUGAUUUCGAAACCGACGAGCUCUCCAGCGGACACCCAGAUUCUGGCGUAACGCUCUGGAAAUCUGAAUAGCGAGGGGAUGGAGGCGCCGCCGUGCAAGAGUUCGGCGUCGGUGCGCUCGGGCCCGAAGGUGGCCCAGAUCGCCACCAUCUUCCAGAGCAUGAGUCCGAGCAAGGAGGUGGCCGACCCGUCCAUCCCCCCUGUCGUCAGUCCGCGCACCACCUCGCUCGAGUCGUCCGGUGGCAGCAGCACACACAGCCAGUCAUCGCAGCGCUUCAACGUGGCGCGCGCCUUGUUCGAGAGGCUCGGCGAGCAGGAAUUUUCCGAACAGGACUCGAAGCCGAUCGUGCCCCCCAACAAGGCGGAAAAACUGGCGGUGAACACACAAUUGCGGGGUCAGCCACGCCCCACCAAUGGUCACCACUACCCUGAGCAGCCGGUUCGAGAGGAGAAGCCGAUGCCGCCCCCGCACAGGGUGAUGCCGACGUCGGCGCCGCCGCCGAAACCGCCCAAGCCGGAAAAGCCCGAACGGAAAUUCUCGAGCAAAGAGUUGAUCGAGAAGCAGCGCAACUGGACGGCGCACUUCAAGAACAAGGGCUCCAGUCCGCGGGCGUCGUUCGACCGACCCCACCAGGGCAUCAGGGUGCCCGUGCUGCCCACCCUGGGCGGCACUUUCCCCCUCGAAGGCCCCAUGGAAAGGCCGUACGAGAAGCAGGAUGUGCCAGAAAAAAAUGAUAUUGCAGUCAUAACACCCACGUCCCCGGCCAGCAUCAACUCGGAAACACGCUCGUACCAUUCAAUGCUCUCUACAACUCCAACUGGGACUGAAAGCUCUGGUGACUCGCUGGACACGGACAAGACGUUGUCCGAACUGUCCGAAACGUCGCCGAGCGCCCUCCAGCAGAGUUCUUCCAGUCCAGUCGAGUGCCAAGUGAUCAAAAGGAGUGAGGAAAAAGAGGAGAAAAUUCAAAGCAGCCAAAGUUAUGAGGAAAUCUGCAAAGAUGUCCUGAACGCCAAGGAGGGCCACGUCAGUCCAGAGCGGCGGCCCACCAGUGACGAGGAGGAGGAGGAACUCAACCAGCUGGUCGCCGUGCACGACAAAAGGAAGAUGGUUUCCUCGGUGCAGCUGGUGCUCGAGACUCCAGCUUCCCCUGUCGAGUCACCGUCGUCUCCAGUCAUGGAGCCAGCAGAAGCAGACCUAGAGGAAAAAUGUGAACCUCCUGUGGAGGAAGAGGUCCCAGUGGUGGAGGCGGUGCAGGAAAUCAAGUUUGUAGACGAGGAGGAGGAAGAGGACGAGGCGAUUACCGAGGAAGUUGAGGAAGCGGUCACGGAGGUCGAGGAGGCGGUCACAGAAGAAGUGGAGGAGGCGGUAACUGAAGAGGUGGAGGAGGCGAUAACUGAAGAGGUGGAAGAGGCGAUAACCGAGGAAGUGGAGGAGUCGCAAUCAGAGGUCUCCCCAGAGCAUAGUGAGGCGACUCAGUCUCUUCAAAGGGAGCUCUCCUCGCCUGAAAAUGAAACACCACCCACCCUGCCCCCGAAGGACAUGUCUCCUGAAGUGGAGGAGCUGCCAUCAUUGCCCCAAGUGGAUUCGCCAAAGUUCCAGCCACAAGCCAAAAGCGAGCAUGUUGUUCGUCGGCCGCUUCCCCCUUCACCAGAGGAAGAAAAAUUGCCAGAAUUGCCCGAGAGUCAUGUUGUCCCUGCUCGAAGAUUGCCACCUGAGCCCCUUGAUGAAAAACCACUGCCCCCUAUACCUCGAAGAAAUAUGCCCGAAUUUGUUGAAUCUCCGCCCCCAUUGCCCCCUAAAGACAUUCCCGACAUCCCGGAAUACGCUGUGCCGCACAAAGUAAAACAGCAGCUAAAGCAGCAGCAGGAAAAAGAAAGACUAGAGCAGCUCGAGGCCGAAAAGAAGGCUGUGGCCGAGCCAGAGACGAUGACUCCAGAUGAGGCAGAGAAUCUCCUCAGUUCUAGAAUAUUUGCCAAAAGGAAAGAAACUCUUCUCUCCGACGAGCAAGCAGAAGAAGUGCCAAGACUCAUAGCAAAGGCUGAAGAGGUCAAAGCCACUCCAAGCAAAGUCGCUCCAGAGCCGGAGGAAAUCAUCGAGCUCAUUCCCACAUUAAUUCACGAAGAAUCCCACGAGUCCACCUUACCUGAUACUAGCUUAGAUUACAGAGAGCCUCUUAAUGGUUCUCUUUCUUCCGAGUCGGCUGGCGUAGCCGACUCAUUGCCUGCCACAAAAUUUGUGACUGAAAAAGAGAGCGCCAAACCAGAAACAAUAGCUGCGGUUGAAGCUCCAGUACAACCCGAAUAUGUGGCUGUGGCGUGCAGAGAGAUCUUUGUUGAAAAUGGAAUCCAUUAUCUUGAGGAUGGCCACUUUUGGGUCGAAGUGCCUGGUCUUCCAGAGUCAGAUGAGGAGGAGGAAUUUGACGAAAGCGUCACUGUGAAGCCUCCCUCCAAAGUCUUCUUCAGCUCCGGACCCAUGAGGGUUUACUCGACACAUUCCAUCUCCGACUACGACAGGCGCAAUGACGAUGUUGACCCUGUCGCCGCCUCUGCUGAGUACGAGUUGGAAAAGAGGGUGGAAAAAAUGGACGUCUUUCCGGUUGAACUUAUAAAGGGUCCUGAAGGUUUGGGCCUCAGCAUAAUAGGAAUGGGUGUGGGAGCUGACGCUGGUUUGGAAAAAUUGGGCAUAUUUGUGAAGACCAUAGCCGAUCAAGGUGCUGCUGCGCGAGAUGGAAGAAUACAUGUAAACGAUCAAAUAAUAGAAGUAGAUGGCAAGUCCCUAGUUGGUGUCACCCAGGCGUACGCCGCAUCAGUGCUCAGGAACACUUCUGGUCUGGUCAAGUUUUUGAUAGGCCGCGAGAAGGAUGCCGAGAACAGCGAAGUGGCGCAGCUGAUCAGGCAGUCCUUGCAGGCCGACCGAGAACGAGAAGAAGUUCGGCGGCAGCACCACGAGGCAAUUGCCAUGUCACAGCAAUCUCCAGGCGGUGAAAGUGGCUCCGAUACGGCCCAGUCACCAGAGGGCCCAAUUAUGCGGCAACAACCUUCGGCGGCAGAGCUAGAAGCAAUGCGACAACUCGUCAAGGAGAGUCAGUACAAAUUAGCUGUGGCCGACGCUGACAUAGCCAGACUCAAAGUUAGGUUGGCCGAGCAGGAGCGGCAGAGCGGCGAGGAAGUCUCGGAGAGACUGAAGCAGGCGUCGCAGCGGCUGCGAGAAAUGGAGCGCGGCCUGCAGGCGGCCAAGAAGGAGGUGGCCACCUACCAGGACAUGUUGGAGCAGUCGCAGGGCCAGUACACUGUGCUGGAAAAAAAGUACCACAAGGCCAAGAAGCUCCUCAGAGAAUACCAGCAGCGUGAACAGGACUUGCUGCACAGGGAGGAAUUCCACCUGCAGCUGCUGCAGGAGAAGGACACCGAGUACAACGCCCUCGUCAAAACCCUCAAAGACAGGAUUAUCCAACUUGAGCAGGAGUUGCUCGACACGCAAAAGGCAGCAGGUUUGACGCCGCAGCUUCCUUAUGACAGCAAUAGCAUCAGGCAACUAACCCCAAAGAUGGGCAGGAAACACUCAGCUCAGGCUACAAAGCCUCUUCUUGAGCAGCUGGACACUGAGUUGUCCGACACGGAGAUCUCGGACUGCAGUCCGGAGGAAACUGACAAAACCUCAACCGUCGAGCGAAAGAUGCCUGUUAAGGAGGAGCUUGAUAAGGCUGUGCCUCCGCACGAGCUGCUCGAUAACUCUGCCUUCAAAUCGAGGGUAGAGCUCGUAAAGGGUGGCAGCCUGGCCGGCAGGCAACUGCCAUCGCCCAACAAAAAGUCACCAGUGAACUCGAGCGGUUCUGACUACGGCCUAGAAAACAGCUAUCACUCCACUGAGGAGGAAGAGGAGUCCUUCAAAGCAGCUUCCGAGACGACCAUUUCCACAAGUUCGUCCUCUUCAAGCCAAGUGUCAGUCGAGAGGCCAUCGAACCUUUCAAUCCAAUCUCAGCCAAUGUACCCACGUCCCAUGUACAGCUCAACGCAGGCCGAGCAAAGCUAUACGGCUAUGCAGCAGAGUGUGUACUCGAGUAGAGGCAGCUACAACACCGUACCCGGAAAACGCUCUUCCGGGGUGGGCCCUCCAGCCUCCUUGGCCGAACAGCUGAAGCAGGUGCUGGCCGACCGAGAGAGGCGGAUCACAACAGGGGAGAAGAAAGACAUGGAACAGCACAAGCCGUCGACCAUUUCGCAAACGCUGGUUGAAGAAAUCAGACUCGCUGUUCAGGAAGCAAACGCCAGAAUCAAAAGAGUCCCGAAGCUGGAUCCGAGGGACUCAACCAGCUCGUUGAGUUCGUGUUCGAGCGUGCCCGCGUUGCGCACCUCCUCGUCGUUGGACAACUCGCGGAGCAACCUGGACGACCCUGGCAGUCCAGAGCAGGUGUGGCUCUCGCAGGAAAUGCUGGCCGUGCAGCAGCAGGAGAAACGCAGCUCCGGCCAUUUUUGGCACACGUCCUCCGUUUCGGCGUGGACAAAAGAGCAGGUUUGCCAGUGGCUGGUCGUCUUAGGUCUGGACCAUCACACGACCAGUUUCUACGAGCACAACGUCACCGGUCCAGAGCUGCUGAUGCUCGAGUCGAAGGAAAUGAAGACUCUGGGCGUCGGCGGCGAGGACAAGAACAAGCUCAAGCGCAAGCUGAAGGAGCUGCGGCUGCACGAGGAGCGCGAACGCAAACAGGCGGACAAGGAGCGCAAGGAGAAGGAGAAGCUGCAGAAGAAGGCGGAGAAGCUGGCCGAGAAGGCGAGCAAGAUCCGCAAAUAAUUGAAAACAUUUGUAUCACAACUCCAGAACACCAGUGUGCGUGUGUAAGAACAUAAAUAUUUUAUUCCUCGAUUCGGCAGCCUUUUGGCGGUCGACGCUGCCAAUGUGCUCAAAGUUUAAGGCAUUGUUCUCGUACUUACGAAAAGGCGGCCAAGUUUUAAACCUACAUGAGAAGAAGUGUGUAAUCAGUAGCAUGUGAUUACUUAAGCGUGUACAGAGCAGCUCUGUUAUUUAUUACGCACUCUAUCGUAUAAUUAUUUACCGGAAUUACUAACUAAAUAUCGCACACACACAAAACAAACUUUCCUAUAUCACGCGUCAGCAUUUUGACCUGUUGAAAAUGAUUAUUAUUAUUAUUUAUAUCUGACUUUUUUGUUAUUGUUUUGUUAUGGUUGUUUUAGCCUUUUGUUGAAUAUGAGUUUUAUCAUCACACCGCUUUCUUUCCUUCUUCGUAGAAAAAAUAUAUCAUGUAUAUAUCUUGUUCUUUUUGUACACGUACAAAACUAGACUUCUUCGUUUCGACGAUUAUUAUAAUAACAAUUAUUGUAAAGCUGCAUUUAUUUUUGCCACAGCGAGCUUGGCAGCACAAGAAUUUUUUGCGUGAUCUUGGAACAAACAAAACCGAUUCUUGCCCCUUGCUAAUCAACGUGCCAUGCACUUAUUUACAGUGCUUUUGAUUUUAGUUGGAUAAAAAUUAAUUUGUUUCCGAAACUUAGAAAACAUUUCAGAACAGCAAUCUCAUAAUACACUUUUUCUGAUCAAAUUGGAUGGUGCUGAAAGUUUGUUAAUUUCUUGUAGGAUGAAUGAUAAUCUAGCUACAUUGGCACCAGUUACUGACUUAAACUUUUUGCUUUUCAACUUGAGUCAGUAUCAUAAGUAGAGACAAAAAAAUACAUUCGGUCCCGAUUUUGAUUCAUAAAAUUGGGCCAUCGGGCGGUUGCAUAAUUAUUCUAACUGAUAAAAAAAAAUUAAUAAUGAGCCAAUUCAACAGUUUCAAAGUAAAUGAAAAUAAUAACUGACCAAGUUAAAUAUUCGCAUGGUCUUACACGACGUAUUUUGUAAUAACGCGAAGAAGAGCCACACAAUAUUUGAAGUUGAAAAUGCCAAACUACCGCACACUGUUCAUACAUUUGAAAUUAAAAGCAUUAAAGUCUAAACUAAUUAAGCAGCUCAAUUACAGGCGAAAGUAAUUCGAUUUUACAUGAAGAAAGCAGGUUUUGUUUUUUCAAAUAAUUGACAAUUUUCUUUCAUCACGUCGGAAAUUUUCAUUGCCGGGAAGAUGAGGCUUUUGAAUGAAUUAAAAAAAAAAAAAAUUGUGAUCAGACGCAGCUUGUUGGCAGAAAAAGACUCGGAAAGCUCAAAAUCCUGAUCUUCUACUCAGGGCAGUCGUUUCGGAGAAUCACACUAUUAAAAAAAAUAUACAUUAGCGUUUGGAUUAAAAUAAAAAAAAAACAUUUUGACUAAUUCCAAGGGAUGAAGAGAAACACUAAAUCGCCAUAUUAGUCGACAAUUAACUGAAACAACAAUUAUUACUAAUUGUAAAUUGUAACAGCUAUUGAUUGCGAAUUAAGAAGAAGAAAAAAACUAACCAACAGUAUUUACCUAGGCUUAGACUUUUGUAUAACGAGAAGCGUGCGUGAGGUCUGUGAGUGAAUGGCAGUGAUUUUUUUUUCAUUUUAAAUUUUUUCUCACACUUUCAAUUGCAUUUAUUCACACACAGUAUUUUCUUGGUAGCGUUUUUGUAAACAUUCCCGGCGCAGUGUAUGAUUUUCCUGAGUAAUAUAAUAUAAUUAUUUAUUAUACACACAAAUAACAUUCCAAAGCUUGCCAAACGUGAUGUGCGUGUGAAAAAGAAAUCAUACUCUACAAUGUAUCUAUGUCCCCUGAGCAGCUCCAUCGAAAAAAAAUAUUAAUGAGAGAAUCCGUGUAGUAAUUUAUAUGUUUGCGAGAAGUGUUUGAGUUCGAAUGAAAGAGAGAGAAAACCGAGGAAAAAAGUGAUAAAACUGUAACCCUCUUUUUAGAGCAGUAGGAAAGCAAAAUAAGAAAGAAUAUACGCGAUCAUGAUGUGAAUUUUUGAGCACCUGAAGCGCGUGUCUGUGUGUUGUUCCAAAAUAUUGAUAUAAAAUAAAAAUGAUAUCAAAUCAA